UGUUGGUUGCACAGUGCACACAGUGCACUGCGCAGUGCACAAGCUUGUAUGUGAACAGUUGACCUGUUUUAGCACGGUAUUGUGUGCAUAGACGUUUGCAUAGAUAUCGGCGCAAACAGAUUGUAGCGUGGGGCUGGCUGGCCGUAAAUUACGACUUACGUGUCUGUAAAGUCUACCGCCAGCUUAACACAAUGUAUCAGAUCUUUUUGUUGGUGUGAUAGUUCAUUAAUUUCGGACAUUGGCAUUUAAUUUCGUUCUGUUUUCACAUGGCAGCCUAUCCAAGAUCAUGAUCCGUUUAUGAAUUGUGAUCUAAUGGAUGGGAGAGAUGCAUAUUUUUAAAAAUGGCAGGUGAAUGCCAUUAGGAAUUUUCAUAGUUGAGAACAGCAAAGUUCUUCACAAUGUCAAUGCGUAAUGAACUUCAUAACCAAGCUCAAGCUGCAUUUGAAUGUACUUUCAGGAACUGUAAGGAUCAUGUAGAAACACGUUACCACUGCAAUGUUUGUGAUGAUUUUGACCUGUGUGUCCAGUGCUAUGAGAAAAAUGGACAUCCUUAUAGCAUGGAGAGACGCGGUAUGGAUGAUGACAUCUCGUAUUCAAAUUUGAAGAAAGCCUAUCCUCAGGAGGCGCGGAAACUUUCUAUGAAACGUUGCAUCCAGAAAUUAGUACAUGCGUGCCAGUGCCAUAAUUUCAACUGUUGCCAGCCCGGCUGUCAGAAGAUGAAACGAGUUGUACGGCAUACAAAAGUAUGUAAAAGUAAGACAAAAGGUGGCUGCAGUGUAUGCAAACAGCUUGUUACAGUUUGCUGUUACCAUUCAAAGAAUUGCCAGGAACCAAAAUGUUCAGUGCCAUUCUGUCCCAACAUCAAACAUACGCUGAAGCAGCAUAAAAUUCAGCAGGUAGAUCAACUACAAAGGCGAAUGGCAGCAAUGAACAUCAGGACAACAGUAUCUGUUGGUCUACUACCAGGCAGUUCAGGGGUGCUGGGUGUUGGUGGUGCAUGUUCAGCAGUUACUCCAGUGGGCGAUUUUACACCAGCAACAUCAGGUGCUGGCAGUUUGGUUGGUUUGCAGCCUUCACAUCGACCAGACAUUAGUGGUUUGAAGCCUGAUGCACAGUGCACAUUGUGA